CAAAGGAAAUGCCAAGGAACAAAUACAUGAAGAGAAUCUUAAAGUGUCCGAAAUGCAAUUUGGCAAUGGCCUGAAAUCUCGGACCAAACUACGAGGCAUCAACUCCACAGUGUCUGUCUAGUUAAGUAGUAGUACAUAUAGAUUAGAUUAGAUUACAUUAGAUUAAUUAAAAGCCCAUUUCACUUUCACAAUCUCUCCUUUGCCACUAUCACCAUCAGCAUCCACUUCACCACCACCUACUGGUGGCGCGUGAGGUAGACUCCGCUGGGUCUGUGGCAGUUCUCCAUUCGUUUAUAAUAACAGAUAAGGUGGACAGGAGGUGAUGGGUCAAAAGCUUAGCUGCUUGGAAAACCAUGAGAAUGAUUUGCUCAGUGCUGUUCAGACAGGUGACCUGGACAUGGUUAAGGCAAUGGUUGAAGCAGACCCAGUUACCUUAAAAAGCACCACUCGAUAUGGGAAGUUGUCUAUACUUCAUGUGGCAGCUAUCCAUGGUCAGAUCGAGAUUCUUUCGUUCCUUUUAGAUCGGCAUCCAAAUUCAGACAUCUUGAAUCGUCACAGACAGACCCCAUUGAUGUUGGCUGCAAUGCAUGGGAAGACCGAUUGUGUGAAAAGGCUUAUCCAGAGUGGAUCAUAUGUAUUGAUGUUUGAUUCACUUCAAGGAAGGACUUGCUUGCAUUAUGCUGCCUACUAUGGCCAUUUUGAUUGCCUUCAAGCUCUUCUUUCUGCUGCUCACAGCAGCCCCCUUGCAGAUUCUUGGGGCUUUGCGAGAUUUGUUAACAUAAGAGAUGAGAACGGUGCUACGCCUCUGCAUUUGGCGGCUCGUGAAGGAUGGUCUGAUUGUGUUCAUGCACUCUUAGAUAAUGGGGCUCUUGUUUGUGCUUCAACUGGUGGAAAUGGCUACCCUGGGAGCACACCCCUUCAUUUUGCCGCGCGCGGGGGUUCUAUAGAGUGUAUCCGGGAAUUACUUGCUUGGGGAGCUGAUAGGCUUCAACCGGAUUCAUAUGGGAGAAUACCAUAUUUGAUUGCUUUGAAGCACAAACACGAUGCAUGUGCAGCUUUGUUGAACCCUGCAUCUGCAGAACCUCUUGUUUGGCCAUUGCCUUUAAGGUUCAUAAGCGAGCUUAAUCCAGAAGCAAAAGAGCUCUUGGAGAAGGCCUUAAUGGAGGCUAACAGAGAGAGGGAGAGAGCCAUUUUGAAGGAUACAGUCCAUGAACUUCCAUCUGCUUCACAGUACGAGGUCGAAGCUGACGAUACUGCCUCCGAGGCAAGCGACAUAGAUGUAUGCUGCAUAUGCUUUGACCGGCUAUGCACAAUAGAGAUUAGACAAUGUGGUCACCGGAUGUGUGCUCAUUGCAUCUUAGCUCUAUGCUGUCACAAGAAGCCCAACCCACUGACAGCAUCUCCUUUAGUCCUAGUUUGUCCCUUCUGCCGUAGGGGAAUCACCCAACUAGUUGUCGCCAAAAUUGACAACAACGAAUCAGAAGCAGAUGCUAGUCCUUUAAGGCUGAGUAGUGGAAUGAUGACCAACGUCGAUACAGGAGCAGAAUUCAGUCCCUCUAAGCCAACUAAAUCUAGGAAGUCCAAUGUCAGUGAAGGAAGCAGCAGUUUCAAAGGUUUGUCGGCCAUCAGCUCGUUCGGGAAAAUGGCUAGCCACAGUCCUGGAAAAGUGCCUGCUGAAUGUAGUGAAGAAACUGAGAAGUUCUGACAGGCAACAGUCAAGGAGAGUAUAAUUGGUAUGCUCUUUGAACUCCAUUCUUCUAUAUCCGGCUUAUAUCAUUGAUUAUAAUGAGCUAUGAGCUCGGGGAUAGACCCUAAAUACUCUUGCGGUCUGCUUUUUGGAAUGAAGAAGCAGUGGACUACAUUUUCCUUUUUCUGAAAGAAAUAUAUAUAAUAUAUAUAAUGGGGGUCAAAUUUUCAGUGGAUGCUCGUAAUUAUAACUCAUAUUAACUUUAAACUGUUAAGGCGAGCAGGAUUUACUGUAAUGCAUUUUGCUUUACUUCCCCUUAUUAGAUCAUAUUCAUAUA